AUGGGGGCCAAGGGGUCAAGGGCCAGCUCUAAAGACCAGGACCCCAAAAGGAUGCCGCUCUUGGGCAGGAGACAGAAGUUUCCUUCAUGGGAUGACACCCUGCUCUUGGGGAAGGACCCUCGGUCCCUGCUGAAGCGGGGUAUGAGGCACGUCAGUUUCAGCUUGGUCACUAAAGGAAUGACGGACAUCCCAGACUUUCUGUGGGGCUUGUCAGAAGUCCAGAAACUCAACCUGUCUCACAAUCAGCUGCGAGUUCUCCCUCCUGAGGUGGGGAAACUGACUCGGAUCGUGGUCCUGAACUUGUGCGGCAACUGCCUCAAGAGUCUACCCAGAGAAGUCAGCCUCCUGCAGAGCCUGAAGGUCCUGUUCCUCAACAUGAACUGCCUGGCCGAGGUGCCAGCCGAGCUCAGCCUGUGCAGAAGCCUGGAGGUGCUGAGUCUAUCGCACAACUGCCUGUCCCAGCUCCCCGCCAGUUUCGCGGACCUCUCCAGACUGCGGAAGCUAAACCUUAGCAACAACUAUUUUGCUCACAUUCCCAUCUGCGUUUUCUCCUUGAAGGAGCUGGAUUUCCUGCACGUGGGCUCCAACCGCCUGGAAAACAUCGCCGAGAGCAUCCAGUGCCUGACCAACCUGCAGAUCUUCAUUGCUGAAAACAACAACAUCCACUCGUUCCCAAGGUCACUCUGCCUGGUCACAAGCCUGGAGCUGCUGAACUUGAAUAACAACGACAUCCAGACCCUCCCUGAGGAGCUCUAUCUGCUUUGUAGACUGGGCAGGAUCGCGUGGAAUCCUAUGGACAAAGGGCUCCACAUUUCCCGUAACCCUUUAUCCAAGCCCCUGCCAGAGCUGGUGGAGGGAGGUCUGGAGAUGCUGUCCAGCUUCCUGAAGGAGAAAAAGCACAACUGA